CGACCGGCGGCGACCGGGGCUCAGGUGAGAGCAGCAAUGGGGACUCCGCGACGGUGGAGAACAGUGGGGAGGUUCGGGCAGCUGCCGGGCCGCGGCCUUGCUUCCAGAGAAAAGCCUGAGGAAGAUGAUGGCCGCUAAGCCAGAGAAGAGGAUGGCCUCUUCCAUCUUCAUCACCCUGACUCCUCCUCGCCGGGACACAGCCGUGCUGGAGGAGGUGAGGCAGGUGGCCUGUUCCAGCCGCGCCAGCCGGGCCCGGGAGCCUGCCUCCUCCAAGAAGCCCCCUGGUGACUUUCUAGUGAGCAGACGGGACUUGAGGGCCCCUGGCAUUCUAGCGGCACAACCCCCACCUGUCCUACCUAAUGGAGAUUCAUCCCUCCUUCCUCCAGCCCCAGAUCCUGAGGACAGCUUUCCUGAUCUGGAUCUCCUCCCGCCUCCACCACCCCCUCCAGCCUUCCUACUCCCACCAGAUGAGGAAGGCCUCACCCAGGGAGGCGAUUCUCUCUCAGAAGACCUACGGCAGCUGCAUGUGGUCCCUCCACCUCUCCCCACACAGGCUCUAACUGAGUCCCGCCAGCUUAAGCCUAGGCCCAAUCACCUCAAGGGAGUAGAGGAAGAGCUGCCACCACCUCCUGAAGAGCCAGACCCUGUCCGAGAGAGGGAGGAGUCCACAGACAUCUGUGCCUUUUGCCACAAGGUAGUAUCCCCCAAGGAGCUGGCUGUGGAGGCCAUGAAGAGACAAUAUCACGCCCAGUGUUUCACGUGCCGGACCUGCCACCGACAGUUGGCGGGCCAGCACUUCUACCAGAAGGAUGGACGGCCCCUCUGUGAAUCCUGUUAUCAGGAUACUCUAGAGAAAUGUGGCCGCUGCCAGACUAUAGUCCUAGAACAUGUCAUCCGAGCUCUGGGCCAGACCUUCCACCCAGACUGCUUCACCUGCGUGGUGUGCUCCCGGCGUAUUGGGGAUGAGAGCUUUGCCUUGGAUGAGCAGAAUGAAGUCUACUGUUUGGAUGACUUCUACAGGAAAUUUGCCCCCAUGUGUAGCAUUUGCAAGAAUCCAAUCAUCCCCAGAGAUGGGAAGGAUGCAUUCAAAAUCGAAUGCAUGGGACGGAAUUUCCAUGAAAACUGCUACCGGUGUGAGGAUUGCAGGGUCCCACUGUCGAUCGAGCCCACAGACCAAGGCUGCUACCCGCUGAACGACCAUCUCUUCUGUAAACCAUGUCACGUCAAGCGCAGUGCGGCAGGAUGUUGCUGAAAGCACUACUCUGUGAACCAUUGUGAUGGCUCCUGUCCCGGACCCCUUCCUCUGUCCUUGACAGCCUCAGUUUCCCUUCUUCACCUACUGUUGCAGCAGCUAUUCUACGCCACAGGGAGAUGCCCACCUGCAGGAAAAGAGUGCUGGGAACUCCCCUCCACCCCCAAACUUAUGUCUCCAGCUUGAGAGAAAGCAGCCUGGUAUCAAUGAGUCAUCCAUAAAAAUUUGUUGAGCAACCCCAAAAAGAAGCAAGAGAUGGGACCUGUCCUUGUGGACUCAUGAUCUCAUUGGAAGGACCCUGACUUUGGAGAGAAGGGACCUGAAUUCAGACUCCAGCUCUGCCCUUAGCUGUGUGACUGUGGACAAACCCCUUCAUCUCUCUGGCCCUCGGCUUCCUUGUCUAUAAAAUGAGGGGUUUGGACAGGCUUCCUUCUCCUGAGGAGGAUCAUGU